GUUAUCCUCAGACUCAGUUUGAAGAAUUGAACCAUGGAGAUCAAGCUAUUUGUUUUUGGUGUCGUGCUUGUGGCCUUAACAGUAACAGGCAGCAACGCUCAGCUGAGUGUUUGUGGCAUUGCUCCGUUAAACACCAGGAUCGUUGGAGGUGAAAAUGCUGCCGCAGGAGCGUGGCCUUGGCAGGUCAGUCUGCACAGAAGAGGUAGUCACUUCUGUGGAGGUUCACUGAUCAACUCGAAAUGGGUGCUGAGUGCAGCUCACUGUUUCUCAAGCACAAGCACAUUUAGCCUCGUGGUGUACCUCGGACGUCACACCCAACAGUUUCUGAACUUCAACGAAGUGUCCCGUAAUGUGAUCCAGAUCAUCAACCACCCGGACUACGAUGUCUCCCCGAACGACAGCGACAUGUCUCUGCUUGAGCUCUCAACAGAGGUGACAUUCACAGAUUACAUCAAACCUGUGUGCCUGGCAGCGAGCGACAGCGUGUUCAAUGCCGGAACAACUUGUUGGGUUACCGGAUGGGGAACCAUCCAAACUGACGUUCCCCUUGGUUUCCCUCAGACACUUCAGGAGGUUAGCGUUCCCAUCGUGUCCAACACUCAGUGUAGCCAGUCCUACACGUCAAUCACCAGCAACAUGAUCUGUGCCGGACUGGAGGAGGGAGGAAAGGACUCCUGUCAGGGGGAUUCAGGUGGCCCACUGGUGUGUCAAAGUGGUUCUAUGUGGGUCGAGGCUGGAGUAGUGAGUUUUGGAAGAGGCUGUGCUUUAGCCAGCUUCCCUGGAGUCUAUGCCCGGGUGUCUUCGUUUGAGGACUGGAUCAAAGGGCAUGUCAGUGGCAGUGGCGAGCCAGGCUUUGUCACCUUCAGCGCAGACUCUGGGAACAGUUCAUCCACUUCUGGAACAGCUCAUCUGAUUUCCUUCUCGGCCCCUCUGCUGCUCUCCAUCUUACCUGCUUUCUUCUCUAUCUUAGUCCUUUCAUAGAAUUGUUAAUAACGAGUAACAUAUCAUGGAGAGUGCCAUUCCCUUUAGGCACCAAUCAUCUCUGACAGAAGGGGGCGGGGGUGUGUGAGGCUGCACAUUGAGGUUGUCAAAAAAAAAGAUUUGCACAUAUUAACUAAAUAAUGAUUAUUAUAUCAUAUAUGAGAUUAUAUGUGAUAUAUAUAUAUAUAUAUAUAUAUAUCACAUACAUAUACAUAUAUAUAUGUGAUUCUGCACUCAAUGCCAUGAGACUACUUAGUCAGACACUCUUGUGUCCUCCUCUGUCUGCGCUGUUCAGCGCUUUGGAUCUACAGUGUUGUUUGUGCUUUAAAAAUAAAGUUGAGUUGUUUAUUUUAGAUUCUAAUGGAAUCAUCAGUUUAGGAGCCAGUGCCUUUACAGUAGGUCUAAAAGUCUACAAGAGUUAAACUAUAUCUAAAAGCUAUAUGGCUGCAACUCAGGAAUCUUUUUAUUGUUGAUUUUUCUGCUGACCUGUUUUUUAAUUAAUUAGUCAGUUGUUUUUUAUUUUAUUUUUUAUAAUAAAAAGGUCAUCUUUUUUUUUUUUUAUAAACUUAAGCCAGCAUCUCUUUUAUUAGACUUUAAACACUUACUUUCAGUAAAAAUGAAUUCUGAAAAGCAGAAGAAGUAUAGCAGAAGUAUAUAAAAUGUAACAGUAACAAUACUUACUUGCGAAUGAGUGUUCCGGCUUAAAAUUGUUUGAGUAUCUAAGUAAUUGUAAAAAACCAAAAGCUGCUUUGUGUAUGAUGAUGUGAUGUGAGCACCAGUGGAAAUGUUCUGUAGACGUGUACUCAUCUGUACUGUUAACUUAAUAUCUGAUUUAUUUACACUGGCAACUGUGAUAUACUUGUAACUUGUAACUUUCAUUUUUUGAUUGUAUAGUUUUAACAUCAAAUAUUAGAAACAUCUAUGAUUUAUACCUCAUCAUGACACUAGUAGUUGAAGUUGCUGAUCAUUUGGAUUAUAUUGUGUUGCUAUUUGUUUGUUGUUUUAAAGUAGCUGAAACCUUUUGAACAAUGCAAAUUCAGCCUGUAUAUUUCUUUUGACUGUAUUGUGUUGAAUAAAUGUUCU